GCUGAGCUGAGCUGAGCUGAGCCCAUCCGGGCGGCGAAGCGCCGUAUCACGUCUCCAAGUACGUCACGAAACCCCGACAAACUGCCGAUUUCCUUCUUUCCCACUUUCACUGAGCCGUCACCAGAAGCGGAGCAACAAAAGACCAUGUAGGAUUUGACCGCCGCGGACUUCGAUUUGUUUUUUUUCUUUUCUUUCUUUCUUUUUUACUUUUAUCGGCUCUUGGACAAAUUGAAAAUCUCCCCGACCCGCCGCCCCGUCCCAUUCACCUCUUCGCCUUGCACCCUCGAACCGUGAACUUUGCUGAAAACUACCAAACAAUUCAACGCGUCAUCGAAAUCCCAGCCUGUGUGUGAACUAGUCGACGGGACAACACUUUGACCAUGAGCGAACAGAGUAUCUGCCAGGCGCGAGCUGCCGUGAUGGUGUACGACGACGGCAACAAGAAGUGGGUGCCGGCGGGCGGCUCCACCGGCUUCAGCAGAGUCCACAUUUACCACCACACGGGAAACAACGCCUUCCGCGUGGUGGGCCGCAAGAUCCAAGAUCAUCAGGUGGUGAUCAACUGCGCCAUUCCCAAGGGACUGAAGUACAACCAGGCCACGCAGACCUUCCACCAGUGGCGAGAUGCUCGGCAGGUCUACGGCCUGAACUUUGGCAGCAAGGAGGACGCCAACGUCUUUGCUAGCGCCAUGACGCACGCUCUGGAGGUGCUCAACUCCCAGGAGACAGGUGCCACGUUGCCCAGGCAGUCACCUCAUGUUCAGAAUGGCCCCACGCCAGAGGAAAUCGACGUUCGAAGAAGGCAGCUCCAGGAGCAGCAGAGGCAGAAGGAGGUGGAAAGAGAGCGCCUGGAACGGGAAUGUCAGGAACGGGAACGUCAGGAACGGGAGGGCCUGGAGCGAGAGACGCAAGAGCGCGAACGUCAAGAACGAGAGCGUAAGGAAAGGGAGCUCCGGGAAAAGGAGGCGCAGGCCGAGAGGGAGCGACUGGAGCGUGAACGUCAGGAGCGGCAGGAACGCGACGAGCGCGAGCGGACGGAGAGGGAGAAGGCGGAGCCAGAGCCAGAGCGGCGGGAGCAGUUGGACAGAGAGCAGCAAGACUGGGAACGAGGGAGACGCAUCUCCAAUGCUGCAUUCGAAAGCACUCUGUGCAGCCCCGGUCCCGCCGAGCGGAGCAGGACCUCGUCCACGCCGGCGUCUCCCUCCACACCGUCCCACCCGGCGGCGGGGGCCCUCCCGUCCUCACCCACCGCAGCGCCCACGCCGCCUCUGAGGCACUCGGCCUCCCGGUUCGCCACUUCGCUUGGCUCCGCCUUCCACCCGGUCCUUCCCCAGUACGCCACCGUCCCGAGGAGACAGCAGGCCUUUGCCCGAGCCCCGCCUCCCGCCCCGGCCCCCGACCCCGCCGCCGCCUACGGUUUCACUCCCUUGCCGCCGUCGCCCCCGGUCAUGAUCAGCAGUCCGCCGGGGAAGGCCGCCGGGCCGCGGCCCCUCCUGCCCGUCGCUGGCCCAUCGCCGCUCACCCAGAAGCCGCCCUCGCCGUCUCCCAACGGCCCACCGAUGUUUCCCGCGCCCUCCCCGGUCACCGCCGCGCCACACGGCCACCCUGUGGGCGUAGCCUGCCCGACCCCGCCCCCUCCGCCCACCCCGCCGCCGUUGGCCCAUUCCUCUCCGUGCGUCUCGUCUCCCCCCGCCUCAUCCCAUGCUCCCGGUUUGCCCUCUCCUUCCACAGCGCCCCCCGUUGCUGCAGUUGCUUCCAGCGAGCACCUGGCCCUCCCUCUGGGCCAGGGCCCGCCGAGGCCCAACGAUUCGGACGCGGCGGCGAGUGCGGAAAGCCAGCGGCUGCAUUCGGGGUGCUCUGAGCAGCCCCAGCCUCAGCCCCCGGCUCACCCACCAACAGACGUUGUGCAGCCAGUGGGGUCGACCACGCCCACCCCUCCCCCACCCCCACCCCUGCCACCCGGCUCUACCGCGACAUCUGCGGCGGCCGCCACCACCCCGGCCGCCACGCCCACAACGCCGUCCGGACACCCUCCCCCACCGCCGCCUCCACCUCUGCCUCCUACGUUGACCCCGAGUGGGACCCCUACGUCCCCGCCCGGGCCUCCUCCUCCUCCUCUUCCGGGGGCCCCGACACCUCCCCCGGCACCUCCUCUUCCCGCCGGCCUUCUCUCUCCUGCGGACGAGCGCCCCGUCUCGGGCCUGGCCGCCGCCCUCGCUGGAGCGAAACUGCGCAAAGUGCCAAGGGGUGACGAUGCAGGGGUGGCUCUGGCAGCGGCCUUGUUGGGGUCAACUGGGGCUGCGGGGGCCAAAUCGGACACCAGAGGCAACGGGCCUCUACCCGGAGGAGGCGGGCUCAUGGAGGAGAUGAGCGCCUUAUUGGCAAGAAGAAGAAGAAUUGCUGAGAAGGGCUCUUCACCCGAACCCGAUCAGAAAUCAGAGGAGAAUGAGAUAACAACGACCCCCAAAGUGUCAGCAUGUAGCACACCAGACAUGCCGAGGAAGCCAUGGGAAAGAACAAACAACAAUACUAUGAAUGGUAGCAAGUCACCAGUUAUAGGAAGACGAGAUUCUGCGUGGAGAAAUCCCAUGGCAACAGACUCCUCCAACAGACCCAAAUCUACUCCGACACCGACUGCAUCCUUAAGUGCCAACGGCGUGCCAACAGAAGCUGUUGACUAUGACAGAUUGAAACAGGACAUUAUGGAUGAGAUGAGGAAGGAGCUGUCCAAGCUAAAAGAGGAGCUCAUUGAAGCAAUCAGGGAGGAACUGGGCAGGUCCAGUACAGCAUAGAGGAUCCCGAUUCCCGCUUCUACAAAUCCAAGCUUGCGUGUAACCCCAUUUGGGUCACUCACUCUAAAACGAGACGAUACAGCCGCCCAGAACCAGAUAGCAAACCCAGCAGCGGCCAUGACAAUGAAGACGGCAAUUACGAAUACCUGAGAGGGUGUCCGGGGCGGCGCGGCGCGCCAUCAUCCUUCGUGACGUUUGUAUAACUUGCAUUGAUGCGACUCCUCCUCCUCCUCACAAUUUCCUCAACCCUCCCGCUGCCGCAUCCUGGAGGACUCAGCAGUCUGAAAGAAAAGCGCAUGUCUUUAUGCAAAAACAAAACAAAACAAAAAAACAUUUUCUGUUUUGUUCCUUAAAAUGAGGACAAAUGCAACAAAAAGAAGAACUCUUCAAAGAUACUGUAAGCUUCAUUGGUGCAGAAGCAAUUUUUUUUUUUUAUCCAAAAGCAUGUUUUAUGAAAAAACGGGGACGGGAAAAUCCCCCCCACACCCCUCCUCCUGUAAUGCCAUAGUAGCGUGCGUGCGAGCGAAUGAACAAGGGUGAAUGAAUGCCAAAGGGGGGGGGGGGGGCGGCACCGCCACUGCUGGACGCUGCAAAGCUCGUCUUCCUCCGAUGCUAUUUGAACUUAAAUAUGUACAAAAGAGAGAAGAAAUGAUUCCAUUCGGGCCAUAUCACGUGCAGUAGCUCCAUCAUUGUCAUCAUCGUUUCAUCUUCUUUGUGUCUGUCUUUCGGCGAGGGAAGUCCGACAGCAGCCGUGGUAGCUCUCUUGGCUAGAAAAAACAAAAUCAUUCUUCAAUAUUUUCAUUUCUCUUCUCUUGUAUGAAGCAGAGGGUUUAAAAAAAAAAAAAGUCUGCCAAGAAAAUUCAUCCUCUUUCUCAUGUUUGUUCCAAGCAAUAAGUGUAGCAUCUGCUGUAAAAAGCCCCCUCCAGCCGUGUUUCCGUUUGGCCUACCAGAAUUCUGUGGAAGGAAAAUUACUCUUGUGCAAUGAUGUGGCGUGGCUUGUUUGCCGACUGUUAUAUCCAAAAUCGUACUGCAUCCUCAGCGACACGUGCCGUCAGAUUUUUCAAUUUCCCCGCGAAACUCGCGCUGGGUGUCCUCAAGGAUGUCAACGUGCCAUUCAGUCUUUCACGUGUGCUUACUUUCUUUUUUUUUUGCCUUAAAGUAACAAAAACGUUUCCAGACAAUUAAGAUCAACAUUUUUUUAUUUUACACCUUGUAAACAAUUUGAUACUAAUCUCAUUGAACGAGCUGUUCACGGACCCCCGCACAAGUCUGUAAAAAAGAACACGCAAAAACAAAUAGCACAGCGGGUGUUGCAAAACUUCAAACCGAUCUUCAGUGCACCACCUAAAUUAGGAGGCGAUGGAGCACACAUGCUCCGACGCGUGGCUAAAGUAUCAAUAUAUUUGAAGUUACGUUUGUUCGAUUGGUAUCUUUUUGCCGCUAAGUGACAAAAUUGUUGUGGGAACAGAUAGACAGAAGCGACAUAGGCGGUGUCCGGGAACAUUGAAAUCGAUCAACAUGUGAUUUUUAAUUUGUAUUUUUUUUUUAAUGCACCCAUUCCUUUCGAACAUAUUGGAGCCAAAGCAGCAAAGACAUACCCGCUUUGAAUUCACUUUUUUAAUACUUCAUCUCAAAAUCCACCACUUGAUUUUUCAACACCCAACCAAGAGGCUAUUGCACUUUAGUACGAAACCACGAGACGCGCUCAGAAAGGUCACGGCCGCAAUGUGACCGUUUCUCACCAAAGGACUCGAACCAACAAUCAUCCUCAACAAAGUCGCCUUGCUUCGGUUUUUCACUCGUCGCUGCCGAGGGAUUUCAUCGUAGAGGCGGGCAUAUGUUACAUGCGCUGCGCACCCGCUUAUCGGACAGGUGAAAUGUCGCAAUCUCCGUCGAAUCCAUGUGGUUUGUGCCUUGUUCCGAAGUUGCAUUUUAAUAGAUGACCAGUAAUAAUAUUUGUGUAUUGCUAGAGCGUAGAUGUUCCUGUGAAGAAGGGAGCUCAAUGACCUUGGUACUGUUCCUCUCCAGGAAGAUCUGCUUGGUUGUUUUCCACCAAGUUGAGUCUUUUUUUUUUUUUUUUUUACUAUGAAGUACAAUCAGAUGUUGACCUACAAGGGUUAAGGGGAGAUCUUCACACUUAGUUUGAAAGACAUGCGAGUCCCUCACCCCAGUAAAGUGUGUUUAAAAAAGUACUACUUGGGGGGGGUAAUUUGGAAUUAGGAUAAGGAGUGUCUCUGUCCACAUGUUCUGUUCAGUGAUGGAAACACUCGUUUGUGUUGGCUUGUAUGGCGGGGAAAAGGAAUUGGGAUUUUGCAAGAAGUUGUGGAGGGGUGCGGAGCUUGAAGGCACAGCACGUUUUGGAAAGGGUGGCUUUGCAGACGUGUUCUUUUAACAUCCGCGUGGUGUACUAUACUGUGUUCAUGUUAACGAGUCUUUUCUUACAUGCUUAACAUUUUUGUUUUGUUUGAGCUGAGUUAAAUAAAAUUGCAAUACAAGACAUAA